GACCUGUCCGCGUGGCUCGCCGCGCUCGGUCUUCCGGAGCGCCUCUCGGACGCGGUGCGCUGGUGCGACCGGGAGGGCGCUGUCUUCCUGGAGGAGGUCGCGGACCCGGAGCAUGUCACGGAUCUAAUCGCUUUCCUCGAGCUCCCAGAGGAUGAGGCCAGGCGGGUUGCCGAGAAAGGCCAGGAGGCGCUCGUCCGGGUGCUCGGCCACACGGUGCGGCCGACGUGCUCCACCUGCCCCUGGAGCUCCUGGCGGUGCGAGCCCGGGCUGGGCCUGGGCGCGCGCACCCUGAGCGCCCUGACGGCGAGGGUGCCGUCCGGUGCCGAGCACGGCGCCGUCGACAAGAACGCCAUCGAGGGCGCCGGGGAGGGCGCCCGGGGGCCGGCCCUGGGCCUCCGCAAGCCGGUGCAGUGGAAGGCCCUCCACGUGCAGGCGGGCCAAGACGGCCUGCUGCCGAGGGCCGCCACUCAGCAGGCGCCGCUCCGGGAGGACAAGAUCCUCGGGCCAGGGGAGGCGGACCUGCCCCGCACCGCCACCUGCACGAUGCAGGGCCCCCUGGCCGGGAUCAUGAACUCGCUGCCGCUGGGCGCGCAAGGAGCGGGGCAGGAGCUGCAGGUGACGCCCCUCCGCAAGCUGGACACCUACUGCCCCCAGCUCGACGACCAGAAACUGACGCCGGCCGCCCUGCAGGCCCGGGAGACCAGGGACGCCGAGCGGCUUGAGGGGACGGUGUCGUCUUCCCUGGGCGGGCGGAUGGGGAGGACGAGCUCGAUUGGCAUGGGGAUCCGCCGCGCUGACACCAUGCAGCUGGCAGGGAUCGUGCCCAUGGAGCAGGCAGCGCUCGCGGCGGGAGGUGAUGUGCUUGCGUGUUCCUCGCGCGAGCGGCUGAACUCGCGGGUCCACGAAAAGAACGUCCUGCCGGUCAGCCUCGACCACGGGCAGACAGGUGACGUGUUCGCGCUCACCGUCGGCGACGAGAAGAUCGCGAUAUUCAAGCCGGUAAGAGGUGAGCACUUCGAGAGGAAGAGCCUGCGCACAGGCCAGGGCUGGGUGCGCGAGGAGUCCGUCUACCUUGUCGACCGCCUGUGCGGGUCGCAGGCUGGCGUGCCGGUGACCUCGCGCGGCACCAUCGAGGUGGGCGGCGAGACCCUCGAGGGCUCCGUGCAGGCCUUCGUCUCGGACGUGAUCGGUUUCAUAGAGGACUUCGCAAUGCCGCGAGACCCCGCCAAGGCGAACGAGUUCGUAGCCCAGACCGCGGCCGAAGCACUGGCAAUGCUG